AGGCUUUGAUAAGCCAUAGGCUCACAACCACAGAAAGACCAGUCUAUACCACUCCUUUUUCUUACACUCUUCUUCCUCCUCUUCUUUUCCCUUUAACCUCUUUUGUUCUGCAGAAUGCACUUGCAGUACCGAUGCCGAGCAUCGCGAAGAAGCCAAAGCUCUCAAAUGCAAGCUAGUUGUAAUAAGUUCAAUCUUUUUAUGGCCAGUAGUUCCCUAAAUAAGCAUCGAACUUAUUGCAACUAGCUUUAAUUUUUGAGUUUUAUGCCACCAUGAUUUGUUUUAAUAACAACGUUGAUCAAAUGAAGAGGUAAGGAAGGAAAAAUAAAAAGUACGAUAUAAAUCUGGACCUCCCGUGAAGUAUAUAUAUGCAUCAGUCAAAGUUGUCAGGGUACAAUGGGUGGAGGUUCUACGACAUUGAAUGAUUCUUAGUUCUGUAUUUCUCUUUAUAAUCUAAAGUAGCCAGCAUGUAGCAUAAAGAAUUAAAAAGGUGAAAAAAAAUAUAUAUGUUAUUUUCUAAAAGCUUUCAAUGUGGGGAGUCUUCUUCUGUCCGCAUAAAGUAUCAGAGAUAAUCGUGUAACUUAUUCUUUUUCUAGCAUAUAUAUAUUUGGAAUUGUAUCCUCUCCGAGGCAAAGCCUUCGGAUCCUUUUGAUCGAACAACACGGGCUGUUGGAUUUUGAUUCAACGGCUACAAACAAGAGGAUCCUUCUAAAAGUUAUAAUAAUUGUAGUCGUUAGAUCAAAAUCAACCGCUCGUGUUGUUUGAUCAGGAGGAUUCCAAAGCUUUGCCUCGGAGAGAAUCCAAUUCCUAUAUAUUUAACGCAGAACUUAUUCUUUUUCUAUAUUUUAUUGUACUUUUUGCGUAUGGCAUUUGAUACAAACUAUAUAUAAAGCUUGUUUCGGAUGAAAAAAUAUUGAAAUGCAACUGGCAUGCACUUAUAUUUUUGUUGUUUGGUUUCAGAAAUAAAUAUCUCUAUAAUGUUUCGAUUUUAAGGAAUAUCAGUAGUAUUGUUGUCAUCAAUGUUAGAAAAUCACUCGACUUCAACGUGAACAUAUAGGAAACAAGAGAAAUACUACAGUGCUCAGGAUAUCAACCAUUGAUGCACGUGCAAGUGGCGUCUACAAUGUUUCAGCGAUUCCGCGUUUACAAAUUGUCAAUGUGUUAAGCAACUGUUGUUAGCAUAACUCAUAGCUACAGUACAUCACUCUUAAUUUCAAAGGCAGACCUCCUAAAACAAAGCUCUUUACGAUAUUGAACAGUACGUUCUUAGAAGAAGACUAAAAAUGUUAAGAAUUUUUUGUCCUUUCUAAUAAAUUUUGGUACGUGUGAGUGCAGUAUGUGAAAUUGUCAUCUUAAAGCUAACACACUGUCACUUGUAUAAUAUGGCUGGAUAGCAUGAUCGAUACUUAAUAAAUAAAUAUAUUACAACAUAAAUAAAUUAACAAUACAAUAUAACGAUGUGACGAUAUACAUUCUAAUCUAUGUUAAACAUGACUAUGAGUCAAGACCCAUGACCAGAAUAUAACCUUUUUUGUUAAAAUCAAAACCGUUUUGGUGCUUGAUGUGCCCCACACAACAAGUCAAUUCCUUUUCCUAAGUAUUGAACAAAAACCAUGCUCAUGCAAUGGCCAAUUCCAUUCCAAAAUGGAACAUUGAGGGCUUUUUUCUGCCAUCCCUAAUAAAUACUUAUGCCCCCGAGUCCCAGUCAGUGGUCAUAAGUGACAGUUUAGAUAGUGAUCUAAAGUCUAAAACCUAACUAAAAUCCUCCAACCUCCUUUAAACUGUUGCGUUAACACAUAAUGUCGUCAUUUGGCUUCACUAACUAUACAGUUGCCAACCCCACUUCCCUUCCUAACAAACAGAACUGAAUUCCAUGUCGCCAUUUUUACCUUAAUGCCUUUUGCUUUCCCCAAAUUCUCCAACUCAUAUAUAAAGUGAGCAUGCUCACCACUCCACAACCCCAUUUCAAAACCUUCUCUCUCUCCCUCUUUCUCUCCCCCCUCCCCCCUUUCACUGAUAGCCAUGAAAAAGCUCACUCUCACUCAUACGCUUCCUCUUCCUCUUCUCCUUCUUCUCCUUCGUUUUGUCCCCAUCUCAGCUUCCGUGGAAUGUGAAUGCAAUUCGGAAACCCUAGACCAUGACAAGUUCAAAGUCCUCAAGUUCAAGCUAGUUGCGAUAAGUUCAAUCCUCAUGGCAAGUUUCCUUGGUGUCUCCCUUCCAAUGUUGGGCAAGAAAAUUCCGGCUCUAAACACCGAAAACGACAUCUUCUUCCUGAUCAAGGCUUUUGCGGCCGGUGUGAUUCUAGCAACAGGGUUCAUCCAUGUGCUACCGGAUGCUUUUGAGAGCUUGAGAAGCCCUUGCCUUAGCGAAACCCUGUGGGACAGCUUCCCGUUUACUGGCUUCAUUGCCAUGCUUUCAGCGAUUGGGACGAUGAUGAUCGACACCUUUGCCACCAGCUACUAUAGAAGAUCACAUUUCACCAAAGCACUGCCAGUGAAGGAGGAUGAAGAGAUGAAUGGGGUGCACCAGGGUCAUGUGCAUGUUCACGCACAUGCCACACACGGCCAUGCUCACGGUUCUGGCGCGAUUGCACCGGAGGAUUCAAUUUCUUCUUUCGAAAUUGUUAGGAAUCGAGUGAUAUCACAGGUUCUGGAGCUGGGAAUUUUGGUUCAUUCAGUAAUUAUUGGGAUAUCUUUAGGUGCCUCACAGAGUCCCAAGACAAUCAAACCUCUUGUAGCAGCUCUUACUUUCCAUCAAUUUUUCGAAGGCAUGGGCCUUGGUGGGUGCAUAACUCAGGCCAACUUUAAGUCCAGGGCCAUUGCAACAAUGGUGCUUUUCUUCUCCCUCACAACCCCAAUUGGAAUUGGUGUUGGAAUGGGAAUAUCAAACAUUUACAACGAGACCAGCCCAAGUGCUCUAAUCGUGGAAGGAGUUUUCAACUCUGCAUCAGCUGGGAUCCUAAUAUACAUGGCUCUGGUUGACCUACUAGCAGCAGAUUUCAUGAACCCUAGAAUGCAAAGCAAUCUAAGGAUCCAGCUUGGGGCUAAUGUCUCACUUCUUCUGGGCUCUGGAUGUAUGUCCCUCUUGGCCAAAUGGGCAUAAAUGCUUUAAUGUAAAUUAGGGCUCCCUUUUGUUUUGUGUUUAGGCUUCUCUGUGUACUUUCAUCUUGUAAUAUAGACUAUAUAGUCUAGUGGAAUUUUGGUAAUGCUCAA